GACUGCAACAUGAGUCACGCGUCUUCGACCAUGGCAUUCUCAUCCUCGUCAAGGUUCAUUGAAGCUGACGAGGAUGAUGAUUUGGACGAACAGGACAUCCCUUCCUUUGCACCCGAAGGGGUUGUUCCCGGGCCCGUCGACAAAGGAAAGGGUCGUGCAUCUGAGCAGAUUCCCGCACCCACCAGAAAAAUAUCCCCCGCUCCUGCGGUUUCUGGCAACAUCGGAAGUUCCAAUGGUAGGAGCCAACCCAAUCGGCAGACAGUCGGGGGCAUUCGCGUCGAGACUCGAUACACUGGAGUCGAUACACUCGACGAGCCAAUAACCGCGACUAUAAUGCGCGACCUCUUAUCCAUCUACACGAAGCUGGCGCAAGUGCUCUACCCACGUCGCCCCAACAGUCGGGAGGUCCUGAGGGACUGGGACUUAUGGGGUCCCCUGUUGCUUUGCCUGGCUCUCGGUAUCAUGCUAAGCGUCAACGCACCCGGGAGCCAGUCUCUGGCUCUAUUCACCAGCAUAGUCGCAAUCGUAUCUAUAGGCUCUUUAGUCGUAACUGUGCAGGCCAAGCUACUGGGCGGCAGAGUGUCGUUCUUCCAAGGCCUAUGCGUCUUGGGUUACUGUGUGGCUCCAUUGGACGUGGCUGCCCUCAUAGCGUGCUUUGUCCGAACCAUUUGGAUUCGUGCACCGAUCGCGAUUGCUGCGUGGGCGUGGUGUAUUUGGGCUUCAGUGAGUUUCCUGGAUGGCGCGAAAAUUGAGCAGCAGCGUGUCCUUUUGGCAGUAUACCCACUCUUGCUCUUUUACUUCGUGCUAGCGUGGAUGAUUUUGAUACAAUGAGUACACUUCUCUCUAGUUGUCUUGCUCUGUGUAGAUUGGUCCUGUACUACUGUGGUCCUAACUAUGUUCGAUAUUCCAUGAUGUCAAGUGUUACAGGACAAGUGAUUUGGUACUCAUAAACUGACUUUUUUGGACGUUCUGCUUUGUAAGAGGAAUAUUAGUGGGAG